GUUGUUCUAUAAAUUCAGUUGAUGCAGUAUAUUGCUAGUUACCGGCAGCACAAUGUGGAUUCUUAUAGCAGUUUUAAUGCUCAAUGUGUGGGCUAUACCAGCAGAUGAUGUGCUUUCACCAAACAUAAACAUCCUUGAAGAACUGGGGAAGAUGGAAGCAAGGAUGAAAUCUAUGGAGAAGGAAAAUGCAGCACAAGCAAAGAAGCUGGAGGAGUUGCAUGUUACAAUGAAUGAACUAAUUAAACAACAUGAAGUUUCAAAAGUGGCUUUCUCGGUUUCUCUGUCGUCCACUAUUGGACCGCACGACACUUUACAAACCCUGAUUUACAAACACAUCUUCCUCAAUAAUGGAGACGCCUAUGAUGCAAAUACAGGAAUCUUCACAGCACCCAUGAAGGGAGUGUAUGUAUUCAGGGUUUCCUCUAAGGCCUAUGGAAGUUUAAAGGGAGUUUCCGCAGGCUUGUUUAGAAACGACCAGCAUGAAAUUUAUACAUAUGCACAACAAAUCAGUGGUUUUAUCAGCUCUUCAAAUGGAGUUUCUCUGUUGCUGGAAAAGGGGGAUAAAAUAUGCGUAAAUCUCUAUCCUGGUUUUGUGAUUAAUGACAAUGAAUAUCAUCACAGCACCUUUGGUGGACAUCUGCUUUUCCCCAUGUGAUCUAAACAUACACAGCAUCUUUGUAGACUGUAAUCAUACAAGAUGAUUAAAAAAAAAAAAAUUCUGUCUGUAAGACUAAAAAUCAGUAAAUUUGAAACUAACUUGUACUUAAAAUAUAUCACCUAUUUUUACAGCACCUAUGAAGUCUAACAAGGGUUUUCUCUAAAACCCAUGUUAAAAGGUCCUAUUUGACCCACAUGUGUGUCAAUGUGUGAAAUGUAACCCAUAAAAGCAUUUUAUCAAAAUAAUAAACUUUGGGUGUCACAUUA